AUGCAUGGGCGCUCGACAGAUGACCUGGAGUCUGCUGACUCUCAACAGUCUCAGCAUGAGACACAGUCCUUCGCACAGGUGGAGUCGUCGGGGCCGUCCUUUGUAGAUGCAGGCGAGUCCCACUGCGACUCCGUGCUCGCCGAGAGCCGCAGCGGUUCCGUCAUUGACAGGACAGAGGAGGAGUCCACUACUGGGACGCAGGUGCCUUGCGCGCGGGGGACGUCUCAAGAGGAGAAGCACGAAGGCCGCUCCGAUUCAGUGCCCUCGCCGUCACACUUGCCGCCGUCGCCGCGGCUUCCGCCCUCGAUUGAGAAGGACGGCCGAAUUGCCCUUCCUCUUCUACCAACGCAAAGCUCCCAGGAGAUCAACGAGCUUCUGGAAAAACACGGUGCCGCCGACAUCUCAUCGCAAGACAGCACGGAGCAGCCGCUGAGCAAUGAGGUGCACACGUCGCAGCGCAUGCCUUUUGCCGCACCGAAGCGACCCGACAUGGUGUAUUUCCUCACACUGCAGGAGCAGCGCCUCGCGCUGGCGGCUCUGGCAGCUUCUGAGGAGCAGCUUGAGCGUGAGCCAACAGCGAGUCCCAGACCAUCCAGACGGCCACGGGGGGAGCCACGUUACGAGCUGGAUGCGCACUGCUGCCUUCAAGAAGCCAGAGUUGCCUCGGAGGUGGCCUGGCAGUUCCAGAAUGGGGGAAGCACCCCAUCAUGGACGCAGACUGGACGAGAGUCGAAACCUGGGCGCAACGUGCCCAGUGUACCUCCCCUGCAGUGGCACGAGGCUCGCUCUUGGAGCCCAUUGAGAGGUCUGAAGACACCUGGAGGCACGGCCUCGACGUGGAUGGGCUCGGAGCCACCGGGCACAGCCGGGACCGCCUCGAGCGCUGCCAGUGCCUCUGAGGAGGCGGCCGUGUCACCCCGUCGGGGUGUCAGCAAGAAAGGCUCUGCUCGGCCUCGCUCGGGAGUUCGGCCAGUUCUCAUCUUCCCCAUCAAAAAGGACCGGGACGCCCCGGAGCUGCGGCUGCAAGCUGCCUUCACGCGACAGAGAAGAACGAACUCGCCCAAGCAAGGCCGUGCUGGCCGAAGAGUUCGAUGGCUGCCUCCGCUGCGCCAACUCUCAGCACCCCAGUCCAGCGUGCUGCCAGAACUGCGCCGUGGAACUCGGCAAACUGACGAGGCUGAUGCGUGA